AUGACUGACCCUCAGUCUCUGCACAAGUCGGCCUGGACACACGUGCGACGAUUUGGCGAGGAUGCUUUUCCGGUGUUCAAUUUGACACCGAAGAAGCGGCAAGGCUCCGAACGAGAUUUCGAAAGCCCGCCAAUGGAGCCACUUUUGAAACCUUGGCUGGCAGAAGCUUUGUCAGGCCUCCAAGGAGGCGUGCGGUCUGCAUCUUCGGAGAUGAUCGUCUACGUUGCCAAUUUGGUGUCGCAAGGGGUGGUAAGCUCCGCGAAGCAAACUUUUCUCGUCCAGUCACUACAGAGUGCUGCUGCCAAUCAUCCGAACAGCUUUGUGGCAGUGGUCAUUCUCCCGAACCGGGCAUGUGAUGAGAGCUACUUGCUGAGGAAGAAAGAGGAGCCGAAGGAUGUCAAGGAGGAGAGCCAGGAGCCCGCCGUGGAAGCGGAGGAUGAAGAGCAAGCCGAAAAGAUGAUUGAUGUGGAGGCCAUGACAUCCCUUCGGGACUUCAAGUACAAUUUCCAGGUCUUGUUGCAGGAGCCGGCAAGACAGCUGUCGGUGCGCAACUUGACACUCAUCUUCGAGGAGUCAACCAUUUAUGGGCAAAGGCCUGCGUGUCACGAGGCUUGGUUGGUGACGAGACAUGGUGAAAGUGGAGGAACUUGGUUGCAGUCCGUCUGUGUCGUUCGAGUGACUUGCAAUGACAGUGAUGAGUGCCCUGCUAUGUUUGUCGAUGAUGCAUAUGAGGAGCUCCGGCAGCACCUUGGCGGAACGGCGGUCAUCAAGAAGAUUUUGACGAGCCUUGACAUUGCCAAAAGCAAGACUGUGGUGGUCGACUUGUUCGCCCACGAUGGUUGGGUUCCCCUUGCAUGCUUGCAGCUGCACAUCGAGAACCUUGCUAUCGCAUGCGGGUCCAUUGCUCACACAGAUAUCGAGUACAAGUUCACCAAGGAGGUGCUCCUUCAUGACUUCUUCGACCGGGCCAAGACGAAGCAGCUCAGCAUUGCAGGCUUCCCGGAUUUCACUGCGGCCUUGUCCGACUUGAGCAAGGUUCACACGGACUCUGCCCGGUCUGACUACGACUACCUGGUGACUGUGCCUGUGGGUGCAAACCUCAUCGUGCUUGAGGGCUUGAUUGCCAAAUUCCAGAACUCGGUCUUUGCGGGUGAGUUUGCUCAGAUCCUGAAGAAGCACGACGACGAAUUCAACAAGGAUCAUAAGAAAGCCAGCUUGGCAGAGGCGAAAACCGAGCUGGAAAGCGUUCGAAGGAAGCGCGAGGCCAACACGCCCAGGAAGCUUGAGAAAGCUUACGAUGACAUGACGAAAUUCCGCGAGGAGCACAAAUUGAAUGCCUUCAAUGGUGUGUUUGAAUUUCUGUGCAUUGAAUUCAUCAGGCUCCUCGAAAGCACGUGCGGCGACGUCAACUUGUACUACGACCCGGAUGAGAACACAUUGUGGGUCGGGUCGGACCGAAUCUGUGGCAUCCCUGCAAAGACGGAAUGGCUGGGAUUCGGCUCAGGCAACUUUGUCGACGGGCCUACUGCUAAGGAUGUGCUAUCCGAUGGAAAUGGCCGUUGGUAUCGCUACUCGUUGGCUGGACCCUUGUCUGAUGUCUUCGUGAUCUUUGAAAGCGACAGAAAGCUUUCAGAUGACCUCAAGUCCCUCCCCGUCGUGAGCUUGAAGGAGUUCCUAGUGGCCAUGGAGGACAAAGGCGAGAUCGUCUCGUUUAUGGGGCACACGAAGGACAACGAGCAGCUGCAGGUCAAUGAAAAUAUCGUUUUCAUCAUGGAUGAGGUGAAAUCAAGCCCGACCAAGAAACGGCGAGUCUCGAAGGCGCUGCUGGGGCUUAGAAACGUUCUUUUCCAAUGUAUCCCUCCCCCGGUAGAGUUGGCUAUGUUUCCGCCGAAAUCCAAAAUCUAUCCGGAGAAAAGCAAAACCGUUCAUCUGUUGUGGCAGGUGAGAGCGUUGACUUUCGGUGCACACAUGGAUGCUGCAAAACUUCGCUCUGUUCGCUCCCCUUUCAAGCUGAGCUGGCGUGUGAGGCCUGCCUAUGAGCUUGUUAACAACCUCAGACUCAGAGAGCCUGCUGUUCAUAGCUCCGAUUUGGGAUUCGUGAAGCUGUGCACCCUGCUAGGCUGA